AUGCAUGCUUCCACCAAGCAAUAUGACGCCGACUAUAUAGAACUAGUAGGAAGGCAACCUUCUCUGGACUAUCACGACAAGGAUGACCGCAAUGACGCAUUUCCAUCGCUUAUCAUAUCGGUUGUCGGUUUGAUCAUGGCAGGGGUGUUGAUGGACAAGUACAAGACGUGGGAUAUGUUUAUCAAAACGCCCGAACUCUUUAUCUUGAUUCCCGUUUUAUUGAACUUAAAAGGCAACCUCGAAAUGAAUCUUGCAGCACGAUUUUCAACUUCGGCCAACCUGGGUGAUCUAGAUCACGGACCAACACGCCGUUCGCUCGUUACAGGCAAUCUAUCCUUACUACAAGUACAGGCGCUAGUUGCUGGCGCUAUUGCCGGUGUAGCUGCUUUUGUACUUGGGCUUAUCAGCAAACCUGGUGGCAAUUCGGCAACAUAUUUCGAAAGCAUGUACAUGAUCUCUAGCUCGAUGAUUUCUGCCGCAGUGUCUGGGGCUAUCCUUGGAGCAUUUAUGUGUGGAUUAGUUAUACUCUGUCGAAAAUUAAAAGUGGAUCCUGACAACGUGGCAUGUCCCAUGGCGUCAGCGUCUGGCGAUAUUGUAACGCUUCUGCUUUUAGGAGGAUGUGCACUUGUCUUUUCAAAUCAAAUGAACACCUUCUUUAGCACAAUUGUCUUCGUGGUGUUGGUUUUAAUGAUACCCCUGUUUGGUUAUAUUGUCUGGAUAAACAAGCAUAUGAAGUCUUUGCUAAGUGUCGGCUGGAUGCCCAUAAUCAUUGCCAUGGUUAUCUCGAGCUUGGCAGGCGUUGUCUUGGAAAAGUACGUGGAGGAAUAUAAAGGCGUCGCAUUGUUAACACCAGUUUUGAUCGGACUGGCGGGCAAUUUGGGAUCCAUCUACGCCUCACGCAUCAGCACAAGCUUACACGGAGAAACCAAGGAAAAUUGCAAUGCCGUUGAAUGGACUUUACUAGCCAUGAACGUCCCUAUCCAAAUAAUAUUCCUGAUCAUCAUCUGGGCGUUCAAUAUGGGCGAGUUACACUACAAUGCAUGGUUCUUUUUUGCGUACUUCACAGUCUCGAUGAUUUGCACUUGGAUCUGUCUGAAGAUCGGCAAAUACAUGACGUUUGGCUUCUGGAAAAUGGGAUACGAUCCUGACAAUUAUGUCAUUCCCUAUUUGACCGCAAGUAUAGACUUGAUCGGUACAGUUUUGCUUGUACUCGUCUUUUCGUUGCUUACUUCAUCCGGUGCCGAUGAUAUGGCUUUGGAAAAGGCCUCGCAACACUAA